UAAGAACAUGUCAAUUUCAGUCGCAGAAGUAAAAUCAAUGCUUCAGUUUAAUGAAGAUGUGUUCAUUAAAUCUCAUUUAAUGCUCAUCAGAGCAUUGAAGGAACACACGCUCAAACAAUCAAAUCCGGGAUCUCACUCAAAAAUUAUAGAUAUUUAACGAGAUAACUGAUAUAUUUCCUGAUGUAAUAAGGAAAAGUUUUGUGAUUGAGGAAGAGGUCAGCGAAUUCUUUAAUGAUGUUUACCUUAGGAAAAGUUCAAAUGUUCUUUUAUUAGAUUCCUCUCAUUCUAAUUAUCUGGUCACUUCAAGUGAAGUUCAUAAUCAUUGUGAGAUCUAAUUAUAGUUCUGGUGGACCCAUAGCAAAUGUUAUUUAUCCUAACAAUCCAUUCACCUCUAAUCAGUGUGGGAGAAAUGUUUCAAAUGAGUCACAUUCUGAUCACAUUUCAGAUGUCGUUGUAGCAGAUGUUGGGUUCUAUCACACCUCAUAUGUCACAUGAAAUCCCUCAUCAAUGCUGUGAUAAAUCAAUUGACAUAAGUGUUUGCGAAGCAGUCGCGAAACCAGAAUUUCCAGGAAUGACAAAAGGAUUCUUCAACCUCUGUGUAUACCCUCACACCUCAAUAGGCACAUAUAAUGAAGGUGCUAGUAGUGAUAAAACAGUUCAGAUCAUUAAAGUCACAUUAUUUGUAACAUGGCUGCAUGCAGAUCCAACAUUGUUUCAUGGUGGAGGGAGAAUCAUAUGUGCAUUGAAAGAAGGAACAAAGCAUAGAAGUCAGAAGGUUAAUUAGAUUUUUUCCCAAAUGAAACUGAAAAAAACCAAUUGAAACUGGAACAUGACUAUGUGAUCUCAGUGAGUACGCAAAAAAAGAACAACAAACUUUCGAAUAGACUCUCUGCGGGAAACUUAUUCUUACGUAUUCUGUUAAAAGAAAGGGAGGUGACGACGUGAUGAAAAGUCAAAAUAACAUUCUUUUGCUGAUUGUGAUUUCGUGUUGAACAUUACUUGCGUUUUAAUUCAAUAUGACGAUUACUCAGUGUAGUUUUUGUUUCGUUUUCCAGUAUGAUGUUUUUUUCUGUAGAACAUACGAUAUUAUUGUGUUAAAUUAACAUGAACUAUACUCGGCAUGGCAUGUAGCAUGUGAUUUGUUAUAACUCUAAGUACUUUUCAUAUAU